AUGGCGCCGCCUCUCCGUCGGCCCGGACCUUCUUUGGCUCCGCCGUCUCCCCUGCGGCGGCGCGGGGGGGUCGCCCUCGCGGCUGUCUUCUGCCUCCUCGCGCUCCUCGCGCCGCAGUCUCCGUUCGCUGCCUUUUCCGCGGCCGCGACCGGUCCUGCGGAAGGCAGUUCCCCGCGCCGGCUGGGGUUUGCGAACCAGAUGAUUCAGAUGGGUGCGCAGUUCGUGAUGUACCCGGAGAUGGCGAAGAUGCUCCGCACCCAGGUUCAGACGUUGAAGUCGAUCUUGAAGGGCCCAAACACGAAGGACCUGAAGAUUCAGGUGUACUUUGACCAGCAGGACUGCGUCGUGGUCUUUGACACGAUUGCGAACCAGGAGAACGGGGACAACACGGAUCUCGGGUUGAUCGACGCGCGCUCGAUCGAAGUCCUCUUCAGCUACGGCGAACACGAAGGGCAAUUCCGGUACACGAUGCGCCGCUCCGAGAGCGUGCAGGUCCUCAACUUCUCCAAGGAACAUGUGCAGCGGUUCAAAGUCCCCCGCGGCUGCGUCGGGACCAAAGACUCGUACUGGGUCGCCUACUGCCAGCAAGUGCGCGGCGUCUGCAACGCAGGUCGCGUGGACAUACACUUCAGCCGGGAGGGCCGGGAAACGGACAUGACGCCCGUGCCGACGCUCCAGCUCUCGGCCUUCAUCCAGAGACGCAUGAGGGAAGGACUGAACUACUACCAAGUGCUCGACUGGUUCGACACUCCGACGCCGCCGCACAACAUGGUCUUCGACGCGGAACGCUGCCUGAUGCACUUCCGGUACAGCUCGCACGCCCCCGAGCGCAGCCACGUGUCGUGGCUGAAGCACCGGCAGGGCGUGCGCGUGGACUUCCGCGAACUGAACGGGGAACCCGUCGCCAUCAAGGCGCCGAUCGUCUCGGGGUGCGGUGCCGUCGGCGUCGAAGACAUCGAAGUCGCGCAGAAAGCCCUCGAGGACAACUCGUUCAAACUCCUCGUCCACUUCCGACACGUGGACCCGCACAACAACGUUUUCAACGACACCGUCGUCAUCCCCAGACGCCCCGACAUCCGCCCUGCGCAAGACUUUGACUACUACAACGAAGAACAACUCGAAUUCAGCGACUUCUUCCCCAACCACUCCGUCACCAACCUCGGUGUCCUCGGCAGACUCCGAAUGGACUAA